UCCCGCUGAAUUCGUUCAUUUUAAAUGGAAGAUGUUCGGCAUAACGUCGUUUAAUUCUUUCGGACAGGAAGAUCUGACCUGGCUGAUGGACCUACUGAAAAAAUGGAUGUAUCCAAAUAACUACCUAGGCAGUUUCUCAGAUUACACAACAUAUGCCUUGUGGCUGUUUGCACCAUGCAUACUCCUACUUUCACCGGUUUUAGUCAUUCUUGGCUUUAUUUACCUUUCUAACGGUCUCCUGCAUAUUUAUAAGAUAAAAAAUAUUUUAAAGGGAGAUGAUCAGAGCAAAUCAUGGGAAGAUGGAAGGAGGGCAGUUUCUUAUCUUUGGGAUAUGUAUGGCAGAGCUUGGCACGGUUAUGAGGUGCAUGGGAUGGAUAAAAUACCAGAAGGACCAGGACUUGUCGUAUUUUACCAUGGAGCUUUCCCUCUAGACUAUUACUACUUCGUAUCUAGACUUCAUUUACAAACAGGCAGAUUCUGUCACACAGUGGUUGAUUACCAUUUUUCCAAAAUACCAGGUAUAAAGUUGUUUUAUAAAGUGCAAGGACUUACACAUGAUGGAAGAGUGGAAUGUGUUGAAAUUAUGAAAAAUGGUUGCUUAUUAGGAGUCUUACCAGGUGGAGCCCGAGAAGCACUCUUUAGUGACGAGAAUUAUGGUCUCUUAUGGGGUAACCGCACAGGCUUUGCACAUGUGGCCAGAGAUGCAAAAGUGCCUGUCAUCCCUAUAUUUACAAAAAAUCUACGGGAAGGAUACAGAACCCUUGGAAAAAUAUGGCCAUUCAAGUGGCUAUAUGAACGUACCAGAUGGCCGAUUGUUCCUGUAUAUGGAGGAUUCCCAGUCAAAUUUUGCUCAUAUGUAGGAGAUCCUAUUCCUCAUGAUCCAAAUAUAACAGCUGAAGAACUAGCUGAAAAGAUAAAGACUGCAAUAAAAGAGCUCAGAGAUAAACACCAAAAAAUACCAGGAAGCAUACAAAGAGCUCUAUUGGAACGGUUUCAUAAAUAUCCAAAGGACAAUUAAUGGGAUACCUCUUUACAAAAUUAGGCAGUUUUCCUCUAAAACUUCAGUGGUUGUUUUUGUUUUAGUUUGCUUUUGAGAAAUCAUCACUCAAUAGGUUACAAAUUCAGCACACCUAUAUCAAAGCCAUAGAUGGAGUACCCUUCACUUGUUUAUCUCAGCAAGUUUGGAUGUGUGGGGCUACAACUCUUCUGCAGGCUAGUUGAAGAAGAACCUGUAUUUGCUGAUUUGGACUUUUUCAGACAAAUCAUAUCCAGAGAUGACCAGCUUUUUUUCAUGUGUUCACAGCAUUUUAAUAGCUUUGACAAAUUUAGUAUCUUGAAAUUUUUGCUUGAAUCCCUAAUUCUCUGACAACUCCAGAGUAAGUGAUGUUAAUAAUGUGCAACCUUUUAAAAAAGUUUUAUAUAAUGAUGAUCUAAUUAGAAAGCUCUUGUAGUGAACCUCCUAAUCAUUCCUAUUCCAAGGCAGAAACAAAAAUGUUACCAAACUCUUUACAAAGAACUACAUCCCAUCUGUCUGAAAUAUAUAAAGUUGACACAGUAAUUUCAGGAUUAAUUAUACUGUUCUGUCUUAAUUAGAACUGUUCUGUAGUUAUGAUUCUUCGUUCCAUAACUAAUGGUCUUUUGUUUAUGUCAAUUUUCCUCUGGUGAUAAGCAAUAUUGCUCAUGUGUGGUAUUGUAGGAAUGGCAUCUUUCAUUCCUGAGUAAAGUGCUCAAGAGAAUUGUUGCUGGCCAACCAGGCACUGUUGGAUAUAACUGAUUUUCUAGAUCAAAUGCAGUCAGAGAUGAAGGCUGACUUAACCCUGAAGUUCAGGGUCUUGAAGUGAGGACUUUUGAUGGGAGAAAGAUGGCUGUGUGUGCAUUUUAUUCUUCUUGAUUUCCCUGAAGCUUUCAGUAGCAGUGAGCAUGGUUGUCUUCUGGAGAGGUUGUCCAAAUCAGAGAUGGCCAGUUCUUUUAGUUAUGCUUAUACCUGGAUGGCAAAUCUUGAAGCUGGCAUUGAGAAAUCUGUACUCAGUUCCAUGGCGUUUAUGUUCCAGUUUCCCUUUGCUUUAUUCCCCCAAGGUGUUUUAGACUGGGCUCUUUUUAUCCAAAUAAUCAUCUCUUUCCACAUGAGCACAUCCAUUCCAUGAAGUUAUCAUAUAAGGGUAUUCCUGAAGUGCUGCUCCCCAUGAGAGAAAGAGCCUCUAGGAGUGGCUCUUUGAUGUGUAAUGUCCUCCUCAGAGAGGCCUGGCUGGUGUCUAAUGUAUUUUUAGCCUCAAGCAAGCAUCUUUUUGAUUUCCCAGACAUACUGUUAUGCUUCUGUUAUGGUUCUAUACUGUUUUAGCUUUAUGGACUUUAUUCCUUUGCCUUCACAUUUAAAUUCUUUUAAGUGUUUAUUUUUAUGUAUGAUAAGCUGAUUUAUGAUUUUUUAAAAUAGAAUUGUAUUGGUUGUAUUUUGUUGUUAUUGGGGUUUUGUUUGUUUUAAUUCCUAUAAGAUAUGUAUUCUAUACUAUGCAUUUUUACAUUUUUUGUGUUUUAAUUCCUGUAAACUAUCCAGAGAACUUCAGUUACUGGGCAGCAUAUAUAUUAUAUGUGUACAUGAAUAAAAUAAAUUCAGCUGGUGGA